CUAACGUUAGCUCAGACGCUACUCUGCUCAGUUUUCUUGUGUUUAAAGUGUGGAAGCAGGAUUUUUUAUAUAUUUUUUACAUGUUAUUCGUGUCGUUUUCUGUCCUGUCAGCUUCGGGGGGGUAUGCCAGCUUCGGAGCCGGUCCGGUUGGGUCGGAAACGCGCCCUGCCCUCCUGCCCGAACCCGCUGUUCCUGAAGUGGCUCACGGAGCUCCGGGACCAGGCCAAAGAGAAGGGGCUGAAGAUCAGCUACACCUACCAGAAGGCCAUCAGCUCUCUGAACAAAUACCCGUUACCUCUUCAAAACGCCAAAGAGGCCAAAAUCCUGCAGAACUUCGGAGACGGCAUCUGUAAGAUCCUGGACGACAAACUGCAGCGCCACUACAGAGAGAACGGUCCAAACGCUCCCAUUCACUCUCUCCCUGAAGGGGCGCCACCUCCUGGCAGGCUUGACAACAACAACAUGGCGCCCUCCAGAAAGAAGAAUGCAGCAGGCGAUGAAGGGAAGGAGAGAGGAGGAGGAGGAGGAGAAGGAGGGAAGAAGAAGAAGAAGAGGGAGUACGUGCCUCAGAAGAGGUCCGGGGGUUAUGCUGUGUUGCUCGCCCUUUACAGACAAUCACAGAUCUCGGGCAGUAAAGGUUUUAUGUUCAAGAUGGAGCUUCAGUCUGAAGCUCAGCCUUUCUGUGACAAGUCCUUCACUGCUCCUGAUCUGGGCAGUAAGUACACGGCCUGGUCCUCAGUCAGCACCCUGAUUCAGAAGAACCUGCUGCUGAAGACUCACAACCCCGCAAGGUAUUCUCUGACGGAGGACGGUCUGGCUUUGGCGGAGCGCCUCGAGUCUGCAGAGCCACAGAAUAAAGACGAGGAGGAAGAGGGCAGGAGUGAAGGAGAGGAGGGAAGGAGUGAAGGAGACGAGGAGGAAGGGGAAGGGGAAGGUGGUCCUAAGGUCGUGGAUCUCACCUGUAGUGACGACGAUGAAGAAGAAGAAGACGAGAGAGUUCACCUCGCAGAGAAGCCGGCGUGCGUUCCCCAGCCGAGGACGACUUCUUCAGCUGAGGCGCCGAGUGGAAGAAAGGCGAGCGGAGCGCGUCUUCUCCCGGGAACUUAUGACAUCAUCCUGUGUGUCGACUUCAUCGAGACGACGGGCGGCAGCACCCACCGUAAACAGGAGCUGGUCAAAGAGCUGCAGAGGAACGGGGUCGCCUUCGACGUGCGGAAACUCAACGUGGGAGACUUCCUGUGGGUCGCCCGGGAAAAGGUCGCACCCGUUCCAGGUCAGCUGCGUGCCCCCGCAGGUCGGGAGCUCGUGCUCGAUUACAUCAUAGAGAGAAAGAGGAUGGACGACCUCUGCGGCAGCAUCAUCGACGGACGCUUCAGGGAACAGAAGUUUCGUCUGAAGAGGUGUGGUCUUCGUCGUCCCGUGUAUCUGGUGGAGGAGUGCGGGAAGGCGGCGUCCCAUCUGAGUUUACCUGAGUCUACUCUGCAGCAGGCCAUCGUCAACACACAGGUCGUCGACGGCUUCUUCGUGAAGAGAGUCCAGGAUGUGAGAGAGUCAGCGGCCUACCUCACCGUCAUGACCCGUUACCUGACUAGACUGUACCAGAACCGCACGCUGAUCUGCCGCUCCAGAGAGCUGGAGGGCGACGUGGCGAGCGACGAGGAGGAGGAGAGAGGGAGGCCGUCCUGCUCUCUCAUUUCUUUUGCGGAGUUUAACCACGGAGCGGUCAAAAACAAGUGUCAGACUGUGAGAGAAGUGUUUGCCAGACAGUUGAUGCAGAUCAGCGGUUUGUCUGGAGACAAAGCUGCGGCUAUUCUGGAGCUCUACAGCACGCCGCACAGUCUCCUGUCGGCGUACGAGCGCUGUGCGAGUGAAGCAGAGAAAGAAAAACUCCUCUCAGCCAUCCGAUACGGGAAGCUCAAAAGGAACUUGGGUCCAGCUCUGAGCAGAACGGUUUAUCAGCUGUACUGCACCCGAGGAGCUCUGUCCUAACCCGCUCUCUGAUGACCUCAUCUCUUCUGUCCCGUGGAUGGACUCCCCUCAUCAUGUGUUAAAACUCUAAAGUCGUCACAUUUUUUCCGUUCCUGCUUUACUUGAUCAGGACUCAUUUCCCCUUACGGUCGCCUACGUGUUUAUGUAAAAAGUAAAGAUGCUGCUAUUGGUUGACGACUGUUGAAUAUGAAGUUAAAACGUGUCCUGAUGCUGAAUUAAUAAAGUUUAUUAUUUUCUA